AUGCCCGCCUGGGACGUGGGGGAGAUGUCUGAACACGUGUCCUUUAGGAGGAGCCAUUGUGCAGACGGAGGACUUCGGCAAGGAACACGGACAGUAUGCAGAAGCAUUCAUAUUUUGGGCAAAUUUCUUAAAAUAUCAUCCCAGAAGGUAACUGCCGAAGUAGGGAGUGGAAACAUUUUAGAGCUCAUGUUACAUACAAUCUGCCUGCAAUGCAGGAGACCGGGAUUCAGUCCCUGCGUCGGGAAGAUCCCCUGGAGAGGGAAGUGGCAACCCACUCCAGCAUUCUUGCCUGGAGAAUCCCAUGGAUGGAGGAGCCUGGCGGGCUACAGUCCAUGGGGUUGCAAAGAGUCAGGCAUGACUGUGCAACUAACACUUUAUGACUUUUCAUAUACAACUAGAUACCUGUCCAAAGAAGUCUGA